CGCUUUUUGCUAUUGCGGGGAAAUCUUGAGAUGGUUCCGCGCAACUUGCUGCAUUUGGAGUCGACGGCGGGCCGCCGGAUGGGUAUAACUUGCUACUCGUGUCCGCCAUAAAGUAAGACUUCGCAACCACGAGUCUCAUUCGCAGUCGAUUCCGGGACGAGCAGAUAAACGCCAUCUGAGCAACAAUGCCUCGCUCAAGCUAUCUCCAAGCUUCUGUACUAGUAAUACUAUCCUCUUUCUCAGUGUUGACGAAUGCUCAGACACCGACAAGCUCGUCAGCAAGCGGCUGGUCUACUACUCUCAACGGCACGCCGACAUCUUUCCGCUCAGUCUUUACUAUCCCCGCCUCCGCUGAUUCUGGCGCCGAAGUCCUUCCUAAUAUUCAAGAUCCCGAGGCUGUUAACGCUCAAGAAGUUUGCCCUGGCUACAAAGCCUCCGACGUGCAAAAAAAUGAUAGAGGAUUGAGUGCUGUACUGACUCUGGCGGGAGAGCCGUGCAAUGUUUACGGUACUGACGUCGAGGCUUUGGGGUUGAGCGUCGAGUAUCAGGCAAAGGGACGGUUGGCGGUUAGUGUUGUACCAAAAUACCUUAGCGCGAACAAUGAGUCGCAAUGGAUUGUGCCAGAGGAUCUUAUUCCCAGGCCAAAGCCUGAAGACUCGUAUGAGGACUCUGAUCUUCAUUUUGACUGGGGCAAUGACCCAUCCUUUUGGUUCACCGUGACUCGGCACUCAACCAGCGAUGUCAUCUUCACGACCAAAGGCGCCCACCUCGUCUACGAAAACCAAUUCAUCGAGUUCGUAAAUACCCUGCCUGAGGACUACAAUCUCUAUGGCCUCGGAGAGCGUAUCCACAGGUUGCGUUUGAACAACAACUUUACUGCCACCAUAUAUGCAGCUGAUGUGGGUGAUCCCAUCGACCGUAACUUAUAUGGUAGUCAUCCAUUCUACCUCGAGACACGCUACUUCAAUAAAGGUGGCAACAACACAAAACGGGCCCUGAAGCAAUCUGAGCUUCAUCAACGUAGCUUCGGAUACGAUGAAAAGCACGGUAGUGGAGGUUCCCCGUAUGAAUCCUACUCGCACGGCGUGUACUAUCGCAACCUACACGGCAUGGAUAUCGUUCUAAAGCCGGAGAAUAUGACCUGGAGGACGCUAGGAGGGACUAUUGACCUUUUCUUCUUUGAUGGGCCAACACAACCCGAGGUCACGAAACAAUACCAGACGUCCGCCGUCGGGCUUCCUGCCAUGCAACAGUAUUGGACUUUUGGAUACCAUCAAUGUCGAUGGGGCUAUCGCAACUGGACGGAGACGAGAGACAUUGUUGAGACGAUGAGAGCUUUCAACAUCCCCAUGGAAACCAUCUGGCUUGACAUCGAUUAUAUGGACCAGUACCGAGACUUCACUCUCGACCCGGUUACUUUCCCUUCGUCCGGAGUGGCAGACUUCUUCGGAUGGCUGCACGAGCACAACCAGCACUUUGUCCCGAUUGUUGACGGAGCGAUCUACAUUCCGAAUCUCCAAAAUGCCAGUGAUUCGUAUGACACGUACACACGCGGUAAUGAAUCUGGUGUCUUCUUAAAGAACCCGGAUGGUAGCCAAUACAUUGGUGCUGUAUGGCCAGGCUACACCGUUUUCCCUGAUUGGAUGUCUACAAACGGGGUGUCUUGGUGGGUUAAGGAGAUGGUCGAAUGGUACAAGGAGGUCCCAUUUAGCGGCUUCUGGGUUGAUAUGACAGAAGUGUCGUCGUUCUGCAUUGGCUCCUGUGGCACCGGCAAUGUGUCUCUCAACCCUGUCCACCCACCGUUUGCUCUACCUGGCGAAGUUGGCAAUGUGGUCUUUGAUUACCCAGAAGGCUUCAACAUCUCGAACGCUACUGAAGCCGCUUCAGCAUCGUCCGGAGCAUCCAGUCAGAAUGCUGCGAAAAGCACUGUGCAAGCCAGCUCAACAUCUACCAGCUACCUACGCACUACACCAACACCCGGAGCCCGAGAUGUCAACUAUCCUCCGUACGUUAUCGAUCAUGUUCAGGGGGAUUUGGCUGUCCAUGCGGUGAGUCCUAACGCGACGCACGCGAAUGGUGUGGAGGAGUAUGAUGUACACAACGUCUGGGGUCACCAGAUCAUCAACGCUACUUAUCAGGGUCUUCUUUCUGUCUUCCCUGGCAAGCGACCUUUCGUCAUCGGACGAUCUACCUUUGCUGGAAGCGGCAAAUGGGCUGGCCACUGGGGUGGUGACAAUGCCAGCAAAUGGUAUUACAUGUACUUCUCUAUCCCUCAGGCGCUUUCUUUCUCACUCUUUGGCAUACCCAUGUUCGGUGUCGACACGUGCGGUUUCAAUGGCAACACCGAUAUGGAACUCUGCUCCCGCUGGAUGCAACUUUCCGCGUUCUUCCCCUUCUACCGGAACCACAACGUGCUUUCUGCCAUCUCACAGGAGCCGUUCCGCUGGGACGCUGUGGCAUCCGCGUCGAGGACUGCGAUGCAUAUCCGAUACUCUCUGCUUCCGUACAUGUAUACCCUCUUCCACCAGGCACAUACGACAGGAUCUACCGUCAUGCGCGCCCUAGCUUGGGAGUUUCCCAAUGAGCCGCAGCUCGCAGGCGUCGACACCCAGUUUCUGCUUGGCCCUAAUAUACUCGUCACUCCGGUUCUUGAGCCACAUGCUGACACUGUCAAUGGUGUCUUCCCCGGUAUCAUUGAUGGUGACGUGUGGUAUGAUUGGUAUUCUGGCGAGCGCGUGCAGGCGGAGGCUGGCGUCAACACUUCUAUUUCCGCUCCACUAGGUCAUAUCCCAGUAUUCAUCCGCAGCGGCUCCGUCUUACCCACCCAGGAGCCUGGAUACACAACAACUGAAUCCCGCAAGAACCCAUGGGGACUAAUCGUCGCACUUUCAAGCGACGGCGCUGCGUCUGGUAGUUUGUACGUGGAUGAUGGAGAGUCGCUCGAACCCUCUGAGACGCUAGAGGUUUCUUUCGCUGCUCUCAACGGGCAACUAAAGGCCGAGGUCCACGGUGACUACAAAGAUACAAAUGCUUUAGGCCAUGUUACCAUCUUAGGCGUUUCUCGUUGCGCUGGAGAGAUCAAGCUAAACGGAAACACUAUUGAGAAGAGCAAGGUGGACUACAACCAAACUAGCAGUGUAUUGAAGCUGUCGGGUUUGAAUGACCUGACCAAGGUUGGUGCAUGGAAGGGAAGUUGGACCCUGAGCUGGGAGUAGGACAUCUGUAGCCAUUCUACUGGGGAGGAUUGCUGUAUUGAUAGGACAAACCUAACGCUCUAAACUCCAUCUUCCGCACCAUCGUAUGAAUGAUGACCUGAUGAUGCCUCAC